AGUCAUCUUAGCGUCAACCCCGGCAAGCCUUGUUGUCUUACUCCAAAGUUGAGCCUGUUCCGUCCUGCCUAACCCACAGCCUCUCAGCUGGCCUGUUUAGGCUACUCGUUUUUCCAUCAUGAAUCCUCGAACACGCUUGUCUGCUAUCAAGGCUGGGGAAAGGCGGAGACCAGUUGUCACUAGAAAUCGGCGGUGAUCAUGGCGACUGAUGUUGUGAUAUAAGACCUGGCGCCUCUCCCAAAAGCUCACUCCAAGCGAGUUCGUGUCCGAAGUAUAGCUACAGCGCCUCAAUUAAUCAUCCUACCUGCUUAUUCAUACGACUUUCUAUCACUGAUUGUCGAGAUGCGAUCAUCAGUCACAUGGGCACUAGCCCUCGCAGGAGCGGCUUCUGCGAAGCCUACACAAACAACAUCUCAGGCAACACACAGCGGACACCACGCGACUUCAACACCGGCGAACGCAUGUGCCGUUGCACAAGCAGCCGCGGAGUCGUUUCUUUCAGCCAGACCAAGUGCAACUGCAGCCGCGAUAAAGCCUUCAGUUGCAUACGACUGUCUAAAAUCAAUCCCUGUCGACAAGCAAAACGACUUGGAUCUCCUCAACUACAUCGAGCCAUACAUCAACUUCCAAAGUACCCUGGAGCCCCUCGCCAACCCUCCGGACGGCUACCUCGUUCCCGGUGUGGAUGUUAUUGGGGGACUUGGCCAGAUCCGAGCCCGUGUGAUGAAGGACAAGUACAAAAGUCAGAUCGAGUUUGCGCUCGAUAUCAAGCGACUGUUUACGCAAGCUUCCGAUGGCCACUUCAACUAUAACCCAGCCCUUCUCAGCCUCUUCACUUUCCGCAGUUUGAACAACCUUGUUUCAGUUUCAGAUGAUGGCCUUAGCGUCCCGAGAGUGUAUCUCAUUAGUGACUUCCUCAAGUCUUAUGUCAACGACACUGAUGUCUAUGAUAUCAAGAGCAUCGACGAUGUCCCCAUCACCGAAUGGCUAGAGGCACAGUCUGCCCGAGUCUUCACCCAGGAUCCCGACGCCAAGUACAACUCCCUCUUCAAUACAAACCCUGCCGUGGAGUUUCAGGGCGUGGGCAAUGAAUUUGUCCUUCGCUUCCCUGGACACUGCCCGGACAAGCAAGUGAUCAAGUUCACCAACGGAACCGAAUACGUGGAUCAGCUUGUGGCCGUUGUCAGUGAGACAUUGGUCGAGUAUCUCAGCAGUGCCGAGGCCAUUCACUCCAAAGUCGAACUGCCCCCUACCAGCACCAGCUCUGUCGCUUCCUCCUCGUCUGCUACAUCCUCUUCCGCGUCCAGCGCAACGCCUACCACCACUCAGAUUCCCGGCUACCCCUACCCGGUGUCCAAGCACGCGAGUGACUGGAUUUCUACCUACUUCCUCAAUGGCUCUUACGAAGACACCGCUGUCUUAGCCGUUUCUUCUUUCGCCCCGUCAAAUAUUGACACCGCGAACGGGACAUUCGAGAUUGGCGAGGCUAAGCGCGUCGUUGACGUCUUCCUCCAGAAGGCCAAGGCCGCUGGCAAGAAGAAUCUUGUCAUUGAUCUCCAGGCCAACGGCGGUGGAUUCAUUGCAGCUGGCUUUCAGCUUUACAAUCAGCUCUUCCCCAAGACCACCGAUAUCUGGGACGGAAACCGUAUCCGUGCUCAUGAAGCCUUUAACGCUGUUGGACUUACCGCCCAAGAAGCUUCUCCUGAUGUUCUGGCUAACUUGGUUUCGAAUGUGCUCAACGAUAAGCUUGAGCCCUUCAAGGACUGGGAAGAUCUGUUCGGCCCCGAGGUGAUUGCCGGACAGAACGUCACAAAUUUGCUGCGCUACAACCAGACCAGCCUCGGGUACCCCAAGAGCACCGAAGAUCAGGUCUUCAAGCCAGAGAACAUUAUUGUCAUUACUGACGGCAUCUGCGCCUCUACUUGCACCAUCUUUACCGGACUGUUGGUCAGGGAACAGGGCGUCCGCACGAUUGCCCUGGGAGGUCGCCCGUCAGAGGCUCCUAUGCAAGCUAUCGGUGGUGUCGAGGGUUCAGAAGUCCUCGACUGGCCGUCUUUGCAGGCUGCAAUCAUGCAAGUUGCCAGCGACGCCAUCGCUGCCAACGAGACCGACAUUCUCGAAGCUGCCUUUGAUGUUCUGCCUGAUCUUGGCGACCCUCCCCUGCUACCCACUCUCGCCAAGUCAGGUGGUAGCUUCAACUACCGCAACGCUUAUGCUCGUAAGCGCCCGGAUGGUUUCCCAGAGCAAUUCAUCUAUGAAGCCGCCAACUGCCGUCUUUUCUACACGGCGGACAUGCUUGCCAACAUCACCGAGAUUUGGGCCCGCUCCGCCGACUCUGCUUGGAACAAGGCCAAGUGCGUUGAAGGAUCGACCGUCAGCAAGGACAGUAUUAUCAGCAAUGAUAUCUUGCCCUUCAGUGACAAGGUCGUCGGCAUGAAUCUGGAGUACAAGGGACCUGGUAGUCUGUCGUACAAGGGCGACUAUGAGCCUCCUUCUCCCUACAUCCAGAAGCACACCAACAAGAAGCGUUCCAUCGUCGAACAACUCAACGUUCCAGAGAACUUCGUCUACGAGCCCAUUAAGCACAAGAUUGGUGAUCUCAAAGAGUAUGUCGCUCAAAAUAUGCCAGAGGACUUUAAGUAUGAGCAGAAGCAUAAGAUUGGGAUUAGCCACACUCACCUCAGCCGGGACUGAUUAAGUCAAUAGUUCGGAGAUGAUGUAUGAUAAAAUAGAUGUUACAGGAGGAUGAUGACCUCGGAUUCUCUACCUUUGUACCUAUUUAGACACUCGUUGAUACCCAAUGGAUGAAGAGUCCCGAUG